AUGAAUCAACUCGGCAGGCUGGUUUUGAGCAACAAUGAAUUGUCCGGGGAGUUUCCCGCCGGAGCUCAAGGUUGGAACAGCUUGUUUGAGCUCAAUUCGGCCAACAACAACUUGUCCGGCCAAAUCCCAGCCGGGCUAGGAAGCUUGCCGGUGCUCAACUAUCUUGAUCUUUCAGGGAACCGGUUUUCAGGCAAAAUCCCAACAGAUCUCCAGAAGUUGAAGCUUAACUUGUUAAACUUGUCCAACAAUAGGCUCUCAGGCGAUCUCCCUCCCAUGUUUUAUUAG